UCACGAGGUCACUUGAGUUUUAUUUUGAAAAAGCCAAUAAGCGGAAGUGGAAUGCCUUGCGAGUGCCCGUGGAGGAAGAGGGUUGUCCACAACAUUUCCCCGUCAAGUGGUUGGCUUGUGUUUUGGGGGACACAGCGGAGAGCUAGCUGGAGAGAUGUCUGCGUGAUUCCCGUUCUGAGCCCCGCUCACAAAGAUCUCAAGUAGAGAGGGACCCUCAUAGUUGGAGAAACCAGAAGAACUGGUGCUGCAAUUUAACACCUUUAUGCAGAUUUACUUGAGUCUUGUCUCCUUGUGCGACCGUCCAUGAAACGGUGGUGAUGGUGAUGUUGAUGAAGAUGAACGUGUGAGGAGAAAGCCCCCCGUGGUAACCUUGCUGCGCCGCACACUUCCUCAUGGAUUCCAGCAACGAUGAGGCACUUGACAUCAUUAUCACCAACGUGGUCGCGACCUUCAGGACCAGGUGCCACCUCAACUUGCGCACCAUCGCCCUAGAGGGAAUCAACGUCAUCUAUAAGCCGGAUAUGGGGAAAGUCCUGAUGAAGCUUCGCAAACCCAAGAUAACGGCCUCAAUUUGGUCGUCGGGGAAAAUCAUCUGCACUGGAGCAACAAGCGAGGAUGACGCUAAAGUGGGUGCCCGCAGGUUAGCACGCACUCUGCAGAAACUGGGCUUCAAGGUUAGGUUUUCAGCCUUCAAAGUGGUGAAUGUGUUGGCAGUGUGCUCCAUGCCCUUUGCAAUCCGCCUCAUCGACUUCACUAAGAAAAACCGACCCAUUGCUAGUUACGAACCAGAGCUCCAUCCGGCUGCCACCUACAGGAUCAAACACAUCAAGGCCACCAUCCAAGUGUUUUCAACGGGCAGCAUCACAGUUACAGGACCCAAUGUGCAAAAUGUUGCCAGUGCCGUGGAGCAAGUCUAUCCUCUCCUGUUUGAGUGUCAGAAACCUCGCUGCAAAUAAAGCAGAGGUGUGUUCAAGAAGAUAGAAGAAGUGAACGAACGAGGAAGCGCCUCACCCGAGGAAAUAGUCGCCUGAUUUUAUCACUACAUGGCAACGCCCAUAAAAUGUCGAACCUGAUCGACAUACCGUAUAUCCUUGAUCUUGGAUUUUUAAGAACUCUCAGCAACCACACUUGGAGUUUUAAAAUCUCCCUCACAAAAAAGUCAGUGUUGUUGUGGAUUCUGUGGCUCUUGUGAUUUUUUUUUUUUAACAGUCUACACAUGCAAAUGUCCUCCAAACUUCAGCAGAGACCACUCCUCCAAUCCUGACUUAAACUGGAGGGGGUGGAAGUAUUCAGCUCUCACUCUUUAUUCGCUCUGGCUGCAUUUGCAUGGACACAGAAAGACCAGCUUUCACCAAUCUAACCAUUUUAAUGCUCAACAGCGGUGAAGAAUCCAUAUUUUAACACUGAGACGCCUCACCAUUAACUCUUCAACAAGUUGUCCAAUUUACCACUUUUUUCUCGAAGAAUCUCCGUCCGUAACUUAUUUGUAGAGACGUGAAAACAAAUACAUGGCAUCGCUGUACUACCCUCACUUUCACCUGAAGAGUCUGGACUAUACUUGUAAAAAUGCUCACAGUGUGCAUUCCUUUCCUUUUCUCCUUCGGUUGUCAGUUCCAUAUAAAUUUGUCUCACUACUGUGGCAUUGGAUGAGAAUGAACACACGGUACAUCACUGUUUUGUUUUGUUUUUCACAUUUCCCAGUAGUUUUAAUCACAAGCUUACUUUGCAAAUAUAUAUAUAUUUUUUCCGGUUCAUUUUGGACAAUGAACAAAAUUAGAUCGAUGUCCUAAAUGUUUGAAGUUGUGAAAGCUUUUAAAAGGGCUUAGAAUAUUUUAAUAUUAAGGUGGUGAGUUGUUGAGCCACAGACCUGCUCUCACAGAGUUCCUGGCUAAUAGGCAAUAGUGGCACUGAGACGAGACCCAACACGUUCUGCUUUCCAAUAGGUGGAGGUGUAAAAGGCUAUGGAAACACUGUCCAGAAUUGGUCCUGGUAGUUAGUCAGGACAGAGGUCAAAAGUAGAAACUCAUUGCGAGAAAAAAGGAUGCGUGAUGUGAAGACAUCAACUCUGUUUUAAUCAUUCAAAGUUUGAUCCGCAGUUAGAACAGUCAAUGUGAUCAUUACUAACGGUGUAUAAAAAACGAUGCCAAACCUUCCAUAGAAUACCCUUCUCUUAAAUGUCAGUAUAAGGAAACGUUUGUGUGUUCACAUGACUGCUAACCCUUGUGCUGGUUCUGACGUCCACAGAGGGAACGUCUGUGUGUGUGUGUGUAAAUAAUAAAUGCAAGUGAUGGGAAAGAUGUUGUCUGAUGUUUGUGGGAUGGUGUACUUUUUUUUGAACCGGUGUCAACUGAAGAUUUGUGACACUUGCUUAGAAUUUUGUAUUUUGUAUAAAUAAAAGGUUCAUGAAAAAAAAAGGACAAAAACUCA